AACAGGGAACCGUCGCUCUGAGUGUGAUAGUCGACGCGGCCGCUGAGCUCUGCGCUCAGAACGGGGAUGUGUGACACGGGGACCGUCUGACCGGACCGAGACAGAGACUGGACCGAAUGGGGGAUGUGUUAGUGUGUGGCCGGCCCGUGGAUCGGUUCCGGCCCGGCUGUGGAUGGGAUCAGGGCGGCUCUUCGGCGUCUCCCGUCGGUACUGUUGGAGGAAUCAUGCUGCUCCUCCUGCUGCCGCUGCUGCUCAUCGGAGUCUGCAGCGGCUCAAGUUUCCCAAGUAACAUCAACAUAGGAGGCCUUUUCCCCACCGGCUCCCAUGAGUAUGAGGUGUUUCGCUUUGCCCUGGCACAACACCAGGACAUCCCCAAACUGGUGCCACAGGUGGACAUGGUGGACACAGGAAGCAGCUUCGCCAUGACAUAUGCCUUCUGCUCCCAGUUCUCCAAGGGCGUCUACGCCAUCAUGGGUCUGUAUGACCGGCGCACCGUCAACAUGCUGAUGUCGUUCUGCGGCUCACUGCACGUCUGCUUCGUCACGCCAUCCUUCCCCGUGCAGACUAACAACCAGUUCGUGCUGCAGCUGCGGCCUCAGCUGCAGGAGCCCCUCAUGGCCCUUCUGGAGCACUUUGAGUGGAACAGGUUCGUCUACAUGUACAGCUCUAACUCAGGUCUGUCUGUGCUGCAGAGGAUCCUGGACACGGCAGCAGAACGAAGUUGGCAGGUGACCUCCGUUAACCUAGACACGCUGACGGAAGGAGCCUUUGUCAAGCUACUAUCUGACAUGGACUUCAAGAAGGAUUAUCAGAUCAUCAUCGACUGUGAGCUGGAGCGGCUCAACUCCAUCCUCAGCCUGAUUGCCACUCAGAGGAGAAACUUGAAGAACUACCACUACAUCCUGGCCAAUCUGGGUUUCAUGGACCUGAACAUCACAGAGUUUCAGAAGCUGGCACCAAACGUGACAGGCUUUCAGCUGGUGAACAGGUCCGAUCCAGCGGUGGAGAAGAUAAACCAGGACUGGCUGGACUUUGACAGCAAAGACCUCAAAGUGCCCCGAAGGAGGCUUCGGUACACAGGCGCUCUGACCUACGAUGGCAUCAGCGUUAUGGCGACGGCCUUCCAGAACCUGCGGCGGCAACGUAUUGACGUCUCUCGACGUGGCAACGCAGGGGAGUGUCUGGCCAACACCCCUGCCCCCUGGGGACAGGGCAUCGACAUCCAAAGAGCACUGCAGCAGGUGCGUCUUCGGGGGCUGACGGGUCAUGUUCAGUUUGACGAGCGAGGACAUCGCACCAACUUUAGCCUGACAGUGAUGGAGCUCAGUCACACUGGACCCAGGAAGAUCGGCCACUGGAAUGAGAAGAGAGGCUACGUGAACACCGCCAUUUACAGGCCCACACUGGAGGAGUUCUAUGGUCUGCAAAACAGAACCUACAUCGUCACCACCAUCCUGGAAGCUCCCUACAUGAUGCUGAAGAAGAACCACGAGCAGUUUAUAGGAAAUGACAAAUACGAGGGCUACUGUGCUGAACUGGCCUCAGAGAUUUCCAAGCACGUUGGCUUCACCUACCGCCUGGAGCUGGUUCGUGACAGCAAGUAUGGUGCCAGAGACACAGCUACCAAGAUGUGGAAUGGCAUGGUGGGAGAGCUGGUGUACGGGCAAGCCGACAUGGCGGUCGCGCCGCUCACCAUCACUCUGGUGCGUGAGCAGGUCAUCGACUUUACCAAACCUUUCAUGUCUCUGGGCAUCUCUAUUAUGAUCAAGAAGCCCACUAAGUCCAAACCAGGUGUCUUCUCCUUCCUUGACCCACUGGCCUACGAGAUCUGGAUGUGCAUCGUCUUCGCCUACAUCGGUGUCAGUGUGGUGCUUUUCCUGGUAAGUCGUUUCAGUCCUUACGAGUGGCAGGGAGACGAUUCUGAUGAGGAAGAUGAAGCUCCACCAACAUCGUCCUCUGAACGCUCCCCAGAGUUCUCCCCAGCCCAGAACCAGCAAAAAGACAAGGAGACUCCAGAACACACCAACGACUUUGGGAUAUUCAAUUCCCUCUGGUUCUCACUUGGGGCCUUCAUGCAGCAGGGCUGUGACAUCUCUCCCAGGUCUCUCUCAGGUCGGAUUGUAGGAGGUGUCUGGUGGUUUUUCACCCUCAUCAUCAUCUCCUCCUACACGGCCAACCUGGCGGCUUUCCUCACUGUAGAGAGGAUGGUGUCUCCCAUAGAGAGUGCAGAGGACCUGGCCAAGCAGACAGAGAUCGCCUAUGGAACCUUAGAAGGAGGCUCCACCAAAGACUUUUUCAGUAGGUCAAAGAUUGCAGUGUUUGAGAAGAUGUGGUCAUACAUGAGGGGUGCGGACCCGUCGGUGUUCGUCCACAGCACCAGCGAUGGUGUGAUGCGAGUAAGAAAGUCAAAGGGGAAGUAUGCCUACCUGCUGGAGUCCUCCAUGAAUGAGUACAUCGAGCAGAGGAAGCCCUGCGACACCAUGAAAGUAGGAGGCAACUUGGACUCCAAAGGCUAUGGAGUGGCCACGCCCAAGGGCUCACCUCUCAGAAACCCUGUUAACUUGGCAGUGUUAAAACUGAACGAGCAGGGCCUGUUGGACAAAUUGAAAAACAGAUGGUGGUAUGACAAGGGAGAGUGCGGCAUCGGGGGAGGGGACUCCAAGGACAAGACGAGCGCACUCAGUCUGAGCAACGUGGCCGGAGUCUUUUAUAUUCUGAUCGGUGGCCUGGGUCUGGCCAUGCUUGUCGCUCUGGUUGAGUUCUGCUAUAAAUCCCGGAUCGAGUCCAGAAGGAUGAAGGAACUCAUUGAUGCUGCCAUGAGGAGCAGCAGCCUCAGUGGGACAGUGGGCGGAGGAAGUGCAGCCCUGGCAGCUGGCGGAGGCUUAGGAGGCGGCAGAGUCUCAGGGCUCGGAGGAGAGAAUGGACGCGUCAUGGCUCACGAGUUUCCAAAAGCCGGAGCUCAGGGUUUACCCUGCAUGAGCAAAGCAGCAGGCCUGGGACUGGCGUCCACGGGCAUGUGAUCAAGCCAAGGCUCCUGAUUGGACAGAACGCUCCUGGUCAUCUGUCUGUCUGAGAGAAAAGGAGUGAGAGAAGAGAAGGAAGGAAGGAAGGAAGGAAGGAAGGAAGGAAGGAAGGAAGGAAGGAAGGAAGGAAGGAAGGAAGAAUAAGAGGGGAAAAGAUAAAAAGGGACAGGAGAAAAAGAGAUGACUAAAGAGGACGGAAAAAAAACAGGAAGAGGAAGAUGAAAGCGGGGAAACAAGGUGAAGUUAUCAGUGACUGAGGGAGGGCAGAAGGAUGGUAGAAGAAGGGAGGAAGAAAAAUAACAACAAGGAAGCAAAAAAAGGAAAUAGGACAAGGGUGAGAGAAAAGAAGAGGACGAAGGAGAAAAGAGGGGGAACGGAGACACAGGCAGAUAGAGGAGUGUUCAUGUUCGCAGCCUGGACUGAACACAACAGAACUCUCUCAGAGCGUGCAUGAACUGACACAAGCACUGGACUCAACGGACCUAUUUACGAGCCUCGUUUGAAGUGUUUAGUUUACAAACUACACUUCAGAGGCGUUUUUUAACUUUUCUUCACUGCUCCUCUCCCUUCGGAGCUUCAUCACCUUCACAGGUCAUGAACCAACAGAAACCUGAGAUAACGAAUACUCAGGACCUUGUCAGUCAAACUGUCGUCAGGUCGACAGGUCGUCACAUGACGCAGCGCCUAUUUUACACUCUCACAUCAUCACACAGACAAAAGCUGCAGUUUGUAUCUUUCUAUGAAUUAAAAAAAUAUCACACUGUUUCAGUUGACACGUCCUGUGAAUCUGGCAGGUAAAGAGACCCCAACACAUCAAGACGGACAGGGAAAGGUGCAGAAAGAGAGAGAAAGGGAGGAGCAGGAGGAGAGAGAAUGAGGAGAGGGAGAAGCAGAAAGGAAAAUAGAGGAGCAAAAUGAGAGCGAAGGUGGAGCAGGAGGAGGAAAAAGGAGGAGCAGCAGGAGAAAAAGGGAGGAGCAAGAUAGGAGAGAAGGAAAAGUCCUUUUUUGAUGUUUAAUUCAUAAAAAGUAUUUACAGGAAAACACAAGUCAAAAAAUGCAAUAAAAGUAAAGUAAAACAAAUAUGGAGCAGGAGGAGAGAGAGGCAGGAGCAGGAGGGCAUAGGAGCACAGAGAACCUAUUCAUAAAUGUGUGACUCCUUAAUAAGGCGGAGCUCUGAAUCACUAUUUGUUCAUUUACGAUGACACUUUGUUUAUUGAGCCUUUCGGUGUUUUUCACUCUGUGCUGGUUCUAUGUCAGAACCAGCAGCACGUUUUCAGAGUGAUGGGUUGGUUCUGGUGGUUCACGCAGCUGUUCCUUGAACAUCAGUUUCUCUUGGUUUUCUUUUGGAGUGUUUAAUAAAAUUCUGCUUGUUUUCGUC